GCAGCGUCGCGGCCGCGGCGUCAGUCAGUGAGUGGGACGAGUGGGAGUCGGUCCGUGAGCGAGCGAGCGAAAGCGAAACCGAAGCCAAGCUCGGAGUGCGCGUAGGCCGUGUUGUCGCCGCCGUGGCAGAGUCGGCGAAUUAUUGUGUGACUGGUCAGCGCGGCUUUCAUUGAACUGGAAGAUUGGAGACAAACCGUCGUUCUGCCUUGUCGGGGUUGCUGCCAGCAUGGGAAGAGGCAAAGGAGGCCGUUGCCGUGGUGGUCGAAAUGCGGCUGCGCCGGCCUCCGAAGGACAUCCUGGACCUGAGGGCGCGCCCCCAGGCAAACCCGCGCCGCCCAAAGAACGCGGCCGAGGACGACGUGGCGGUCGAGCGGGGGCGGCGGCUGGACCGUCGGAGCGACGGACUGAUCCUGGCCCGGCCGAAGCAGCGCGUGGAUCUGCUCGACGUGGAUCGUCCCGGGGAGGCCACCAUGAGGCCCGCGGAGCUGGAAGUUGCAAACCCGGGCCUCGCAAAGUUGUCCCAGGAGCGGGGGCGGCGGCUGGACCGUCGGAGCGACGGCCUGAUCUUGGCCCAGCCGAAGCAGCGCGAGGAUCUGCUCGACGUGGAUCGUCCCGAGGAGGCCACCAUGAGGCCCGCGGAGCUGGAAGUUGCAAACCCGGGCCUCGCAAAGUUGUCCCAGACCGAUCGUCAAACCCGCUUAGAGAAAUCGGCUGGAAAAAGCUCAGAGAGCUGUCGGACGACAAUGGACUUACUAUCAUGGAGAAGCUCUCGAAUGAAUCUACUCUAGCUCUCUUCAAAAAUUUAACGUGCGAAAAGGACAUGCCUGAAGAUUGGUUGCGGCUAGUAGUGACCAUUUUGGCCAAGGUAUCCACUGUCGAGUACAAGCCAAUUGUGGUGAAACUGUUCAGCACUGUUUGCGAAAAAAAAUUCGUUGAUCAGUUGCUUCUGCACAUUUCACGUGUGCCUUAUGACAAGAAUGCUAAUCGCAAGCAGACAGUUGGCAACUUUUUCAGUGAACUUACCAUUCUCUGCAAGGCCAUUUUAGAACUUACCCCCAGUCUUGCAUACGACAAUCUGGAUAUUGUCCUCAAGAGAGCUUCACAGGAGCUGGACGAAAUGCCUGCAUUUCAAGGGUGUGAGACAGUUAAAGAAAAUCUCAAGCUGCUCAGGGAGAAAUUAAUGACUGAAAAAGAAAGAUUUGAAAGCAUGAUAGCUGCAUCGGUUCAAAUGAACAACUUGCACUUGACGCCACCAUCAGAUUUGAACUUUCGAGAUCUUUCACAUGUUCCUGCCAUAGAAGACAUAGUGGUUGAGUCGUUUGCUAAACCAUUUCUACGACCCAACAAGGUCAACCAAGGCCCUUACGACAGUGUUGACGAAUAUUUGGACACUCAUUUUCGACUUAUGAGGGAAGAUUUCCUGCGGCCUUUGAGGGAGGGUAUUUUAGAAUACCGCAAGGCUCUGAAAGAACAGAAGAAAACAAAUGGAAGGUUUCGAGGUCGCAUACAGAACAUACGUAUUUAUGACAAAGUGCGCAUGAUUCACGUUGAUACGGAAAAAGAGAGAGUCGGUAUUGUUCUGGACUUCGAUCUAGACAAGAGGUAUGCCAAGACCAUCCAGUGGAAGUUUUCCAAGAGGUUCAUGACCGGGUCAUUGCUUGUGCUGGCCGAAGACGAGGAUUUCUCGUCUAUUGUUCUCGCAACGGUCAGCAAGCGAGAUGACGCAGAGCUUGCUAAGGGGAAGGUCCUCGUAGAACUCUGUGGAGGAAGCGCAGUGAGCAGGGAGCUUCUCAGACGUGAGUACAUGAUGGUUGAAUGCCAGGUUUUCUUUGGGGCAUAUUCCCAUGUUUUGGAAGCUCUAAAGAAUUUCAAUGAAGACUCAUUCCCUUUGAAGACGUACAUAGUGUACGGGUCGAACAAGCCAGAACUGCCUGAUUACCAGGUACGUGCACGAGAUGCCGACAUGAAAAUGAAGCUCUUCCCCGAAAGCAAAGGGUCUCCUCGUGAAGGCGUGCCCGUCGCUGUAGACAACCUCAGCACUUGGCCUUCCGCUAGCGAGCUAGGCCUAGACGAGUCCCAGUACCGAGCGCUGAUCGGCGCUCUGACGAACAAGCUUAUGCUGAUACAAGGCCCGCCUGGUACCGGGAAGACUUUCGUCGGUCUCAAGAUUGCUGCUUGUCUCAUCAAGAACCAGGAGUUGUGGAGGCCAAAGGAGGAUCCACGGCCGAUGCUUGUUGUAUGUUACACGAAUCAUGCCUUGGAUCAAUUCCUGACAGGACUCAUGUCAGUAACCAAGAGCAUCGUCCGGGUGGGAUCGGGAAGCAAGGACACUCAUCUUGACGAAUUUUCAAUCAAGUCCCUUCGAGGGAAAGGCGAAUAUGGUGCUGCGGGGCGACUCUCUCAGAAUAUCCGAAAUGAGAGGGCUAAGUUCAACAAGAUCAAGAGCUUGGGGGACCGAAUCCGAUAUUGUUCAUCGCACCUGAGAGAAGGCGUCAUUUCCAUGAAGACACUGUGGUCGUAUGGCAUUGUUCCCGAUCAGUACCUGCGCUUGACAGAUGUAGAUAUGUUCCGGUGGCUUUGUGGCUAUAGGGAAAAUGUGCGUCUUCCAGAAUGUAUCAGACUCCGUCUGAGGAAAUCUAGUUUCCUAGACCACGAGGACCCUGCGUUCGACUAUUUGGAAUUCCCCAAAGCGGGUGUGACUAAAGUUCAACUGAUUUCAUUUCACCAAAUUCACGAUCUCAUCAAGAUGCUUGAGACGGAGGCCCAGCAGGAGGCCCUGAAGGAGCCACAUCAGGUGCCCCUGCAUUCUGAACUCCUGAACCAUCUACGUAGGAUAGUAGCGACCUUGAAUCAGGAGCUUGCUGCGAACAGACAUCGACAGCAUAACGAACAACAGUUUGAGCCGCAUCCUCACCUUGCUGAUUUCUGGAAGAUGAAGAUGGAACGCCGCUGGCAGCUGUACAGGAACUGGAGGGCUGCACUUGCGAGGAUCAUAGAAGAAGGCUUCGAACCGCUAGCAGACGAAAUAGAUAUGAAGCUGGGAGAAAUUGCUAAACUGCUUAAGACGUGGAGGAUGGUUCAAGAUCAGCACGUCAUGGCUGCACACGAGAUCGUUGGCAUGACCACAUCCUUCGCUGCUGCUCACCAAGAAAAUCUGAAGGAACUGAAGCCACGGAUAGUGAUUGUCGAGGAGGCCGCGGAAGUGUUCGAGAGUCACGUCCUUGUGUCCUUGGCGGGAGAAGUUGAACAUCUCAUUAUGAUAGGCGACCACCAACAACUUCGCCCCAGCCCCUCAGUGUACCAGCUGGGGGUCAAGUACAACCUGAACGUGUCCAUGUUCGAGCGGCUCAUCGGCAACGGCGUGAACUAUGUCACGCUGUCCACUCAGCACCGCAUGAGGCCUUAAGUAGCCAGGCUCAUUUGCCCCACAAUUUACCCGAAACUACUGAACCACAGAUCGGUCCAAUGUUACCCGGGCGUGCUGGGCCUUGCGAAGAAUGUCUUCUUCGUGGACCACAAAAACCCUGAACAAGUGAAAAAUCCCUACCGGCUCUAA